UAGUUUACGAGCUCUGGCUUUGUGCGCUGAUAAGAAACUCUACUUGGCCACACUGCUCGAAUUCAUUUGUUGACAUUUUUUUUUGUAUAAAAACCGCGCUUUUUAAAUAUUUGCAUUAUAAGUAAUUUACAAAAAAAUGCAACAGAGAAUAGUGAUUUAUGUGCAUAAUGCGAAUUUAAUACAACAAGCAGACAAAAACCCUGCAGUAUGGGGUAGGGCUUCACUAACGCAUACACUGAUUGCCUCAUAUGGACUACUCAAGCAUAUGCAACGACUGGAACCCAGAAUUUGUAAAUACGCAGAUUUACGUCGUUUUCAUAAUAGCGCUUAUGUGGAAGAGUUGUUAAGGAAAACUGCAUUUACUAAAACAAAAAACACAACAAAUAUAUUUUUAAAACAAAAUAAACUAAAUGACAUGUUAGAGGACGCAGCUGUCGCAAGCAGUGAUGACGAUGACAAUGACAGUGUUUUGGACACAACACACACACAUAUCGAGUAUGGUUUGGGCUUCGAUUGUCCCAGUUGGAGAGGCAUGUGGGAAUAUGCUUGUACAGUGGCGGGUGGCACAAUGAGCGCUUGUGCUGCAUUGUGCAAAUAUGGUGCCGCACACCACGGUGAACAGACUAUUAUUAUUAAUUGGACUGGUGGUUGGCACCAUGCGCACCGUGAUCGCGCCGCCGGCUAUUGCUACGUGAAUGAUAUCGUUUUAGGUAUCUUGGUGCUGCGUAAACAUUUCAAACGUGUGCUUUAUAUAGAUUUGGACGCACAUCAUGGUGAUGGUGUGCAGCAAGCGUUUGAAGUAACCAAACGUGUUUUUACUUUUUCGUUGCAUCGUUAUGAAUGCGGUUACUAUCCAGGCACAGGCGGUAUAGAUGAUUGUGGUUUUGGUGAGGGUAAAGGUUAUGCAGCAAAUUUUCCUUAUCAAAGUGGUAUAGGCGGUCAAAACUUCUGCAAAUAUUUUAAACGGGUGCUGACAACAAUACUACAGUUAUACAAACCAGAAGUGUGUGUGAUACAAUGUGGCGCAGACGCCCUAGUUGGUGAUCCACUUGGUGGCACAAAUCUUACGCCAGCAGACUUAAUUGAUUGUGUCGAAUUUGUAUUAACUAGUAGAUUACCAACUAUGAUUUUGGGCGGUGGCGGUUAUAAUUUUACGAAUUCUAGUCGUUUGUGGACCCAAUUGACCGCCAGCUGUUGCGCCGUACCACUGCCAGAAGAUAUACCUGCUGAUAAUAGUGAUUUCCUAAAAUAUGGUCCAGAUUAUAGUGUGCAUAUUAAGGCCUCCAACUUUAUGAAAGACCAUAAUAAUACAGAGUACUUGGAGUUGUGUGCAAAUACUAUUGAAGAUAAUCUCCGGAAGUAUGACGUAAACGCUGUAUGAAACUGAGACAUUGCCUUGAUAGAAUACGAAAUUUAUAUCGACGGUUUACAUUUGGCUAUCUUCAUUUAUAGAUAGAUUAAUUUUGAAUUUAUUUGAAUGUAUUUAUAAAGUAUUACUUAUAAACUAAA